UCUUUCUGCUUACAGCAGCUACCACUUAUAUUCGAUCUGGUUCUAAAGUCUGACUUCUCUUCUUCACAACUCAGACCAAACCACUAAUGGCCAACCUUUGAAAAUUUUCCUUUGAGUUUCUUACAUUCUUAAGCCUUUACUUUUUCUAAAUCUUUGUCUUCCCCUGUAUCCUUUCACUUCAUUUAUCAGAUACAGGGAAAUGAACAAUAUCUGCAAGAGCCAAGUUGAUGUUUUUCUCUUUUCCUUCUGUUUUCUUGUAUGUUCGUUUGCUUAUUUUUGCCAUGCCGCUAACACCCUCACGAAAGGCGAGUCCUUAAAAGAUGGCGAUGACGCCUUGAUUUCCACCAACGAAAUCUUUAAACUGGGAUUCUUUAGCACUGGAAAUUCUAGUCUAAGAUAUGUUGGUAUAUGGUAUAACAAGAUUGAGUUAAUUACGCCUGUAUGGGUUGCAAAUAGAAAUACGUCAAUCUCAAAUGGAAACGGAACUUUAACCAUUGGUGACAGUGGAAAUUUGAUGGUUUUAGACGGGAAUAACACUCUAGUUUGGUCUUCUAAUGCUUCGAUAGAGUCAAACAACACAGCUGCAAUACUUGGAAAUGACGGAAAUCUUAUUCUGUCAAGCAGUGAAAACAUUGGUAAUAUGGGUAAGGCCUAUUGGACGAGUUUUGAUAAUCCAACGGAUUCGUAUCUACCAGGCAUGAGACUUAAAUUUAAUCCUAGAAAUGGAGAGAAACGUGUUUUCAUUUCAUGGAAAUCGGCUUCUGAUCCUUCAACGGGAAACUACUCAAUGGGAGUUGAUCCUCAAGGUGCAGCUCAAGGUGCGCCACAGAUAGUGAUGUGGGAGCAAUUGAAAAGGCGGUGGAGAAGUGGGCAAUGGGAUGACAGAAUAUUUACAGGGGUUCCCUUCAUGGCUGCUUCAACAAAUUUCAUUUAUGGUUUCAAGCUAUCAUCUCCUGAACCGGAUGGAAGCAUGUACUUUUCAUAUAACCAAAUGAAUUCGUCUGAUUUGUUGAGGUUCCGUCUUACCUGGGAUGGAUUCGAAGAGCAGCUAAAGUGGGAUGAGGGUAACAAGAACUGGACUGAGAUACAGGUAGAGCCGCUAAACGAUUGCGAGCUUUACAAUUUUUGUGGGAAUUUUGGGUUUUGCAAGGUAAAUAGUUCUCCCAAAUGCAGUUGUAUGGAAGGCUUUGUAGCGAGGGAUGGGGAGCAAUGGAAUAUGGGAAAUUGGUCAGGUGGAUGUGUUAGGAGGAAUGAGUUGCAGUGCCGGAGGAUUACUAGUGAAGCAGGGCAAAGUGGUGGAGCAGAUGGUUUUAAAAAAUUUAAGGGCAUGAAGUUGCCUGAUUUUGACAACGUAGAAUCUGCAGGGAAUUCCGAAACUUGCAAGGACAAAUGUUUCCAGAAUUGUUCAUGUAAUGCUUAUGCGGAUGUUGAUGGAAUUGGGUGCAUGAUAUGGGUUGGGGAUUUGAUUGAUGUUCAGAAUUUCGACGACGGUGGAAAUACACUACACAUCCGACUUGCACAUUCUGAAUUUGGUGGCAGUAGCAGAUUAUCCAAUGCUGCAAUAAUAUCAAUUGCUGUGGUUGGAUCAUUCUUCUUGGCUUUAUCUUUAUGGCUUUUGUGGAAAUUCAGGGGAAAACUGAAAGUUAUGCACAAAGUCUCAUCAUUAUCAUGUUGCAAGAGCAAGAGGGACGAUAUGCCAGUCAUGGAUGCGAGCAGGAAUGAAGAAUUCUCAACAGAUCUUUCAGGACCGGCUGACAUUCUUAUGGAUGUAACUCAAGUAAACGGUGCUGAUUUACCAAUGUUCAAUUUUAAUACCAUAGCAAUCGCUACAAAUAACUUUUCAGAUGAAAACAAACUUGGGCAGGGAGGAUUUGGUCCUGUCUACCAGGGAAAGCUUCCCGAGGAACAAGAAAUAGCGGUGAAGAGGCUUUCAAGAAAAUCUGUCCAAGGCUUAGAGGAGUUUAAAAAUGAGGUUAUACUAAUUGCCAAAUUGCAACACAGAAAUCUAGUUAGACUGCUGGGGUGCUGCAUUCAAGGGGAAGAAAUGAUGCUAGUUUAUGAGUAUAUGCCAAACAAAAGCUUGGAUUUCUUUCUAUUCGACACAGAGAAGCAAGCCCUGCUAAACUGGAAAAAACGAUUUGCAAUUAUUGAAGGAAUUGCGCGAGGGCUCCUCUAUCUCCAUCGGGAUUCAAGACUUAGAAUAAUUCAUCGAGAUCUAAAGGCAAGUAACAUUUUGUUGGACGAAGAAAUGAACCCAAAGAUUUCAGACUUUGGCAUGGCUCGUAUGUUUGGGGGCAAUCAACAUGAAGCCAAUACAAUCCGAGUUGUUGGCACAUAUGGCUAUAUGUCCCCUGAAUAUGCAAUGGAAGGCCUAUUUUCAGUAAAGUCGGAUGUAUAUAGCUUUGGGGUGUUAUUACUAGAGAUCAUUUCUGGCAAGAGGAACAAUAGCUUCCGUUCAUCCGAAUUCUCUAACCUUAUUGGAUAUGCAUGGACACUUUGGAAUGAAGGUAGAGCAAUGGAACUAGUGGAUCGGAGCAUUCGGGAUUCAUGUUCUGAAAGUCAGGUGUUGAGAUGCAUUCAUGUAGGGAUGUUAUGUGUGCAAGAUUCUACAAUGUACAGGCCGGAUAUGGCAAAUGUGGUGCUGAUGCUUGAGAGUCAAACUCCAACACUUCAAACGCCUAGACAACCAACCUUUACAUCUAUGAGGAACUCUGUGGAUGUUGAUUUUUCUUUGGAAGCUCACGAUACCAUGGAUGUUUCAUCAUCAGAAAGAAAAGGGACAUGGGCAUCUAUUUGAGUUUCAGAUACAGGGGAUGCAUGGAUGGUGCAGGAAAACGAUCAAUAUUAAUCAGAUCAAAUUGUAUUAAUUUUGAAAUUGAAUCUCUCAAAUUGCAACCCUAUUCGAUUCUAUUUAUUCAAUUCCUGAUCAUUUUGUGGAUACAAAUACAAUCAGGAAAUGUAUUAUGUGUAUAAUGAAUCGAAUAUUGUAUCGUCUUCGAAAA